ACAGCGAUUAUUUCUUCAGAUCCUCGACCAACUUACUGAACAAAAUACAAAGAAUUCUUGGAAUUGUUAGCGAUACAUUGAUCUUUCAUGAAAAGCUGGUGACUUGUGAAUACGGGCAGUAAACAAGAGAAAGCGGAAAAUAUUAUUUGAAUUUGCAGCCUGAUUGACGCGCAGGUGUUGCCGUUGCAGAAACACGAAUAUGAAGAAUUCAAGUAUGACGAUACAAAAUAUCACAAAGCAAAGAUAAAUAAAAAACUUAAAAAGGUCUUUCAUAGUUUUCAUAAGAACAUAAAAAUAUCGGUGACGAGUUGGAUGUAGUUGAAGGCUGCCAUAGAUUUGCCACGCGACGAAUUCCACACGAAAUUAAAGCGAACAGCUAAUGCGUAUUUCAAGAUGUAGUUCAAUUUGAGUUGGCUGGAUAGUGGAUCUUGAUUAUUACCUCUGUAUAAAAGCAUUUUGCACUUUAUUAAUUGAAAACACUGUUUGCAUGCCUUUUAAGCUGGAAAAUGCUAUAACUUGGAAGACAUUCGUAGUUUAUUAAAUGUCUUAUCAAGUUAGGCCACUAGAUAAAGUUGUGUACAGCAGAAGUAACAUGAUUAAAGAUUCAUGACCCUCUCUGGAGCGCGAGCAGGUCAGUUGAAAUUUGCACAUGCUUCUUUAAAGGACAGCAUACACAGCCUGAUUGCAAAUGUUUCAAGGAAUGGCGCAUUAUGACCCGUUAGGGUUACUUGAUCAGCCAUUUUACAAUUCCUUGCAGUGUAUUGAUGGAGCAGAUAUAUAUUAUGAAUGGGAAGAGCGUUACUGAAAAAUUCGAAGUUUCUAUCACAGAAGGAGGCAUAAGAACUGUUUGCUCAUUUGGUUUCACGGCCCUUGUUGUAAAUCCGAUGUGGAGCAGGAGAACUGGAAACGACCUUAGCACAAGCUGGCUUGGCCAGACUAAGAUUUUAAGAGACAGUUCGAUCGUGAGUAGAUUCGAAAAUAUGUCGACUUCGAUUCUGCCAUCAUUUGCUCCUCUGCAAGGUAGAAAUCAAUACCAAAAGACGGCAGAACUUUUGCAGACGCUUUCAUCCAUCACAGAACCGGAAAGUCUUUUCAACAUUAGUUUUAAAACAAUGCCGGUAACUUUAAGCAUCUCAACAUCGAGUGAAAACCUGUACGCCUUUGCAAAAAGUGCAGCGCAUGUCACCAUCAGACCAAAUUUCAGUUCAGUAAAGACCAAGGAUGCGAAUGAAAUUACAAAAAUGGCAUUAAAUCCAGAUCGAGGGUGGAUGAUAACAGUUCUAAUUCCAGUUAUUAUAGUGCUUUUCAUUGGUACACUUAUUGUUCUUGUUUGCCUCUGGAAAAAACAGAAUCGACGAAAACGGGCAAGGAAAUGGAACAGUAAUGCUGAAAAUAGCCUAUCGUGGUUUGAAGCAUUCGAACUGCCACAUGCAGUUGGAAAUUCAAAUGUCAUGAACGAUUUCAAUGAGCCAGCCGAUUUCUCCAUUCCCAUGGGACCACUGUGUAUAAACAAUUUUGCAUUUGAGAGCUAUGACGCAACUACGGAGGACAGUAUGAUGGAACGCUACAGCAUGAAGAACAAGCAUCGAAAGGAUUUCCACAACCCGAGACGUCGCUCUGACGUGCACCCUACUGAACAAGUGUUCUCGAGAACUGUCGAUACGGACAAGCAAAAGUCAAAUCAGGCAUUGAAAAAUACACAUUUCAUUACAGGUGCAGAUUUUGACAAUUCUAAUAGCCAUUUCAAAUUGACUUCAAGCUUUAAAUAAGAUUCUACCAAAAAAAGCAAACAAAUUUGUAUAAACGCGACUUCUAAUUUGGUUCGAGUCACAUAUUAUGGAGGUGUAGGACAUUUUCCUUAAAACAUAGCUAAGAAGCUAAUACUCCUCUGUAGAAAAGAAUCGUUUUAAAAGGAGACUAAAGACCAGACGAAGUUGCCUGUCAAAUUAACAUUGAAGAAGACAUUCGUACGCAUUUUGGCAGACACCAGUGGUAAACCUUGUCUAUAAUUAACUUCAUUCUUCAAAGUUGUUGAAAUCAUUUUUGAUUGUAGAAUGCAUUUUUUAAAUGAAACAUCAGUCUGAAUUUGGCACGCAAAAAGAGAAAAUUUUUCCUUUCCCAAUCGUUAUCAAUUGACAAGUUCAUGUUGGUCAAGGAACACCUUGUGAAAGUCUGGCCAGAUUUUUAUUUUAGAGUUUCGGAGGAACUUACGGUCGUAUGCCUUUGUAUUGAUAAAAACUUUUUAAGUGAACGACGAAUAAACAUGAAAUUUGUCAGUUCCGAGACAUGGACACAUUUAAUGGCAACUUUUUUAAGAGUUAGAUGCAAUUAUGUAUCUAUGACUUCUUAAAAGCAGUAUUCAGAGUUGUUGAUUUUGUUUUUGAUUGCGACACACCCAUGCGAAAUUGUGGGAAACAGCUUAAAAAUCGUCCGAUCUACGUGGAGGUUGGCGAAUAUUGUCAGACCAAAGAACAAUUUUCAAAGGUAAUUGGCAGAUUUUGGCAGAAACUUGUAAUUAUUUUGCAAAAUUAUCCAAUAACUAUUUAUUUAGUAUGGGCCGAUAUUCCCAAAGGUUAACGUCACACAGCAAAAGAGUUCACGAUUAUUCAGCAGUUUUUAGAAGAAUCAUAAUUAUUCUUUAAGAAAAUUGCAAACAUUUUCUUCAGACGCGAAUUUCAGAUUAUAAUGUUCUAUUGAUAGAAAUGAUCUUAGGAAUUUCGCAUUCUUGUCAUUGAUUGCAAUUCUACAUGAAAAAUGGAAAUGAUAUGUUGCUGGUAAUGUUUUGAAUGUCAAGAGAAUGAAAUGAUAAUGUUUUAUAUUUUUCGAGUUAGCUUGAUACACUGUUGUAACAACAUGUGAAAGACUAGCAAGAAUCAAACACACUUUUACAAGAUAAGUAUAAAACUCACUGUACUAAAUCUUUCUUGAUUCUUCUAUGAAUGGAACUCUCAAAGUUUUUCAAAAUUUUCAAUGAAAAAAUAUGCUGCAGAAAACCAUCUGAUUCAUUUAAGUUUCAAUCCUUUGCAGAGAAAAGACAUGUCACACACAAUUAUCACUAAUUCAUAUACAUCUUUAUGCAAAAUUUAAUAAACUGCUAAAAUGGAAAUAUUGUAAAAAAUGAUCAACUUGCUCAAUAUGGUUCAAUAAAAUGACAUGACCUGCCAUUUCUAACUUGGAUUUUGUGAUUUUGUGAACUUGGUUUAUUAAUAACACAUUAGAAAUUAGGUGCGAAUAACAGCACCUCAUAGUCAACACUGAUCUUCUGUUUAUUCUCUCAAACAAGUAUUGCAAAAUCUGGAAUCUCCAAGUUACCAGACAAGACUUUUUGAAGAAGCUAAGAAUGAAAAAAUUGUUUAGCAGUGCUAUUUGAAACUUCUUAAUAUAAUAUUUGAGUCUUGAAGUUCAGAACAUGUAAACAAAGUAAAAAUGUAAUGUUGAAA